AUGCUCUGCUCAGACAAAGAAGAGGACGGUGUGGACAGGAGUCUAACGGAGGAUGCGUCUCUGUUUCUGUGGUUUGUAAAUUCGGUGAAUUCCGAUAGAUACUACAGGGCGGUUAGGGAAGACUAUGUGCCCCUUGCCCCAAGGAAAAAGAUCCAUCAGAAGAUAAAGUUCAAGGCAUACAGCAUGAGUGCUGAGAGCAUCAUGCACGAAAGGAAGGGCCGGAUAAUCUUUGAGGAGGACAGGAAUGGAUUCAUAUGCGUGCACUGUGACGCAAGAUACAUAUACAAAAGAUGUCUAGUAAACCACCUUAUAAAAUCCCACCAUAUAAAUUCAAACAUAUUGUCAAAGACAUUCCAUGGAUGA